AUGGCGCCAUCCUCUGCAGCUCCCACUACGCAGCGUCUCCUCCGCGAACUAAAAGACUACACGAAUUCUCCGAACGAGGCCCUCUUACACCUAGGGCCCGUAACCGAUGAUGAUCUCCUCCGUUGGGAAGCAGUCCUUAAAGGAGUCAAGGGAACACCAUACGAAGAUGGACUCUGGUCCCUAUCCAUAGACAUCCCACCCACCUACCCCCUCUCACCACCCACCAUCCGCUUCAAAACCCGCAUCUCGCAUCCCAAUAUCUCCUUCACCACCGGCGAGAUCUGUCUCACACUAUUGACAACCGAGCACUGGAGUCCCGUGUACACGCUAUCCACUACCCUCACGGCAAUUCAGCAUCUAUUGACGGACCCGAGCCCUGAUUCACCGCUAAACGUCGAUGUCGCGGCCUUGUUGAGGGAUGGGGAUAUUCCCGCGUGGGAGAGCAUUGUCAGAUUCUGGACGGAGGAAGAGAGGUGGCAGGGUGCACAGGGACUGGGACAGGGGCAGAAGGUUUGA